CGAGGUCAACAUUUCCCAGCAAGCACCGGGGCUCAUGGGGAGAGGAACGCCAUUUUCAGAAGCUGUAUCGGAACUAGCUUGUUCGCCUACUUUGUCGCCGAGUGAUGUGUCCGCGGAGCUCCUCGUAAAUUCUGAUGCUCGCCUUUGUUUGCGAGCGGCGUGAGCGUCGCGAAAAUCCCUUCAUCGAAGUGAUGCUCAUUACGUGAUCUCUGCCGUGGUCGUCGUCAGGCAUAGCCCAGCCGUCCACCAUUAGGCACCGUCCUGCGGAAACGUCUCUGCUGUGUCGCGGAUUUCAGCCUUGUGCUCAACUCCCGCAGCAAUGAGCAGUCGGAUUCCGUCUGACAAGGGGAGCGCCAGCAUUGUGCUAAACACGGACAUGCGAAGAAGGGAUGACAGAACCGGCGCGUUGCAUAUUCUGUGACCCCAAUGUAUUGUCCCAACCAGUACCAGCGUUUUUCUUGGUGGACAGCACAAUGGGCUUCUGCUCAUCAGGAGAAGGCACCGGUGAUCGCGUGAACCUGCGGCUGAUCUUGGUCAGUGGCAAGACCAAGGAGUUUGCCUUCAGCCCGAAUGACUCGGCCGCAGAGAUUGCCCAGCACGUGUUUGACAACUGGCCCCAAGAGUGGUCUGACGAGGCCGUGUCCAAGGCAGAGAUCCUGCGCCUCAUCUAUCAAGGACGCUUUCUACACGGCAAUGUGACUUUGGGCGCACUGCAGCUGCCCCUGGGCAAGACCACUGUGAUGCAUCUUGUACCCAGGGAGAACCUGCCAGAGCCCAACUCUCAAGACCAGCGCCAGAAGAGCAAAGAACGAAGCAGUGGCUGCUGUAGCGCCAGCUGCUCCAUACUGUGAACUCCCCUGGACCAUCGUCGGCCCUGUACAUAGCCUGAACAAAGAAUAAAAACGGACGCUCUGUGCGGCGACUACCGUGCGUGCGUGCGUGUGCGCGUUCGCUGAACAACACGCAUGCCCCCCACCCCCCACCCCCCCCACUUCCACCCCGAGUGCAACCAGUGGAAAUGUGUGGCGUGGUAACGAUCCCCAACUUGGUAGGCUGUUCCUCCCAAGGUGUACCACCAGGCUAGUCUCUUCCACCAUGUUCGUCUCAAACGGGAAGCAGCUAGCACAGCAAGUGACUGAAAUGAAGAGGUGCUCGUGAAGCAGCCACUGACUGUUCUUGUGGUGUUCGUCUAGCGCCAGCGUUGGUUCCAAUUUCUAGGACUGCUGCGGUGUGGAAGUUACCCACUCAUUAUCCCAGAGGCCAGAACCAGCAGCGUCUUCGAGCAAAGCUGGUGCAGAAGCCCAUGUCUGUUAAAGUGCCGAGCGGACCUGUUCUUUUGAUCAAGGCUGGUGGUCUGUCUGUGCCCGUCAUAAAUUCACUCAGUGUUGCACACGGGUGUCAUAGCCGCGGUGGUGCUCUGAAAGUAAAGUCUGGACACACCCUGAAA